GUAUAGGUUAAGUUACUUUACACUAGUUUGUAACAAGUAACAAGUUUAGGUUUAGUUUGUACUUUACAAUGAAUAAUUAUAAUUAUAAAUAAAUUAAAAGCACAAAAACUUAAUUUCUAAUUACCAAAAAAAUGGUAAUAAAAUAAAAUUUAAUGAAUACCCAAGCACGUGGAAAAAAAAAAUAAAUUGUAAGAAUAAAUAUUUGUGUAGAGUAAUGUCAAGAUUUAAGAAACAACAUAUUGACAGUUGCUUAUAAAUAUUAAUAAUAAAUUAAUUAUCUAAAGUGAUCCAGUUAUUAAUUGGAGUGUCAGUUGUCAAGUUUUGUAUUUUUUAGAAUUUAAAAUAAUUAAUAAACUAAAAAAAUGAAUCGCUAUCCGAAGAGAACUCCGUACUCGAUAUUUACACAGAAACCAAACAAGAAAAGACGAAAAGCAGACGAGGAUAUUUUUAUGUGUGACGAAGUGAUUGUUCUUGAUGACGACGACGAUGAUGACCCGGUGAUAAUAACUGAGAAUAUAAACAAGAAACCUGGCAAUGAUAUUCCUAAACCAUCAAACCAUCAGUUCAGUAAUGGGCCAGCCCACAGAAGAGCUCCUAACAAUGGUUAUUUUAAUUACAAUAAUUACAGUAGCAGCAACAGAGAACCAUCAAGUGGAAUGUCCAAACCUGCUGGCAAUUCCUUCAACUUCGGCACGACAAAUAACAGAAAUUACAAUAUCUACAACAUAAGAAUGAAUAAUUUAAAGUCGAGCUCAAGUGGAAUUCCCAAGCCGCCACUACCGAGUUUAUUUAAUUUGAAUCCUAGUAAAUAUAAUUUCAAUGGUUACUUUACUUUCAAUCUCAAUAAUAACAGCAGGAAAGAAACAGCCGGCGGAGUUUCAGAGCCUGUGGAUCUGAUCGAUGAUGAUAAUUUAAAUGACCUGGAGAAUGAUGACAAUUACAUCGACAGCGAUAUUGAUGAUCCGUUUAGCUUUGACAGCAGGGAUUCGAAACCAGCUGAAAAUCUUUACAGCAACACAGGUAAUGAACCCGAUUUCAAUGGUUUUCAUUUCAUUAAUGUUGAAAAUAAAACUAAAGAAACUCGCGAUGUUCCUGAGCCUUCUGAAAUCUCGAGCGAUAAAGCCGAUAGCAAAAGCAAAGUAACAAGUGUUGACACCAACGAGUCUUCGUGUUCCGUUGAUCAGGCUUCUGGUAAUAAUGGUGUCGUUGAUCUCAGCACUGAACCUAAUCGUAAAGAUAAUUUAAAUGAUGACGUACCUGGCAUCAGUACUGAUAGCUCACUUAAUAAUAAAGUUAAUGGGAGUAUUAGCAGUGAUACUGUUGAAAAAAAUACUGAACCUCCACCAAAAUCUCCGUCAAAAGUACCUCAUUUUAUAAUUGUGAAGAGGAAGAAGCAAGCAGAUUAUUUGUAUCAACAAAAAAAAUAUGAGCCUGCGUUGCGAGAGUAUACGAAACUUAUUGAAUAUUGUCCAUCAAAUGCGACGUUUUACAGCAACCGAUCCGCCUGCUACAUGAUGUUAUCUCGGUACGAGCUGGCUCUGAUUGAUGCAAAAUUAUCAGUACAACAUGAUCCACAAUUUUCUAAGGGAUACGCGCGCAUUGCCAAGUGUGCGAUUAUUGUUGGAAAUAUAAUAGAAGCAAAGGCAGCAUUGACUAAACUAAAAGAAUUAGAUCCAUCGAAUACAGUUUUGGCGACUGAACAAAAAAAAUACAACCAAGUUAGCGAGUUUUUAAGAAAAGCUUAUACUGCCAGUGGUGAAAAAAACUACAAUGAGGCACUAAUAAAUAUAAAUAAGUCUUUAGAGAUUAGUACUCAUUGUGUUGACUUGAGACUAAAGAAAGGAGACUAUUUGAUGCUCUUAGAAAAAUUUAAUGAAGCUGAAGCUGUUGCCAAUGAGAUAUUGCUGUUUGAUAGAUUGAACAUAGAAGCCAAGUAUAUAAAAGCGUACUGUCAGUACCAGAAAAAUUCCGAAGCGGGUAUGGAACGUUUUAGAGAAAUUUUACGCUUAGUACCUGACCACCCACAAGCACAAAAACUCUACAAGCAUGCAAAGACCGUAAAUGCCAAGAAAAAAGACGGUAAUUUAGCUUUCAACAAUAAACUUUACUACGCGGCGCAUACUAUUUAUUCAGAGGCAUUGUCUAUGAAUCCUCUGAGCCGCGAAGUCAGGAUGCAUUUAUACAAUAAUUUGUCCCAGGCAUCAUACAGACUACGGUUUAUCGACAGGGCCAUCAAUGAGGCGACGCAAGCGUUAGCUAUAGAUCCAAAUUACGUUAAGGCUUUGAUGAGAAGAGCUCAAUGCUACAUGGAGAAAAGAGAAUAUGACGAUGCUAUAUUUGAUUUGACAAAAGCUUGCUCGCUGGACAGCACUAUGGAAUCUCGGUACAUGUUAGAAUUAGCCAAGAAAAUAUUAGCCACCACGGAACAAGACUAUCAUGGUAUUCUUGGUAUACCAAGGAAUGCUAGUGUUGAUGAAAUAAAAAAAGCCUACAGACAAUUAGCACGACAAUAUCACCCAGAUCGUCAUGCCACCGCAUCGCCCGAACAAAGAGCCAGAAAUGAACGAAAAUUCCAAAAAAUAACUCAAGCUUUCCGACAAUUACAAACUAAAUACGGAUUUUCAUAGGAAAAUAAUACAUUUAUUUAUCUAGUACUUUUGUUUUUAUAUAUAUAUAUAAUUAGUUUUAAAAAAUAUCAUAAUAUAUACUCGUAAAUUUGUUAUGUAAAUGCUGAUUUCUAUACGUAAUUAAGGCGUUAAAUUUUAUUAGCUAUUAUAUAUUUUUUUAUCAUCUAAAAGUAUUAGUAAAUAAUAUUUAAACGCGUCUUUCUUACGUAUGAUUAAAAAAAAUAUAAAAAACUCAUCACUCAGUAUUGUAAUCUAUUUGUAA